CUUCUUGGUAUCAGUUGUCGAGUAGCCAGCACAGAGGAAAGAGUUCGAGCGAUCUGUCUGCAGGGAAGGAAACCGCGUGUGUAUAUUGGAGUGCUGUUGAUUUCUUUGCCUCUCGAACCAACGACUUUAGCCGACGAUGAAGGGCCUUGCUCUCCUCGUGGCCUGUGUAUCCUGCGCCCUGGCCAUCCCUGCGUAUAUCCUACCGUUUUCGAGUGGACGGGGCACGAGUUGGAUUCGUCAGGUGCUUGACUGUCCGCCUCUCCUCUACGGCGGCUACGACACCACCAGAUGUCGUCAGCUGCAGAGGCGCAGUCACCAGGCGCAACCCCAGAGGAUGACGGUGCUGGAGAUCGUGGAGGAGGAGGAGCCGGGCCGCGUCCAGGUGGUGCAUGACGAGCACGCCGGCACCUUCGCCAUCAAGGUGCCUCACAAGUUCGACCUCGGCAAGCCCAAGUGUGAAGCCAGCGAGAUCUACGUCAGCGAACUGGACAUCUGCGUGCCGGCGGAAGACCACGUGAUAAAACCCAAGCACAAGGACAGCGGCAAGACGAAGCGCGACCAGCAGAAGCAGAAGGAGGACAAGAAGGAGCCGGUGCUGGUGCUGCAGGUGGGGAGCUACGAGAAGGAGAAGUGCAACCCUGGCGAGAUAUGGGUGCCCGAGGUGGCCGCCUGCCUGGACAAGAACCCGCCCCCCCCCAUGGAGCCCGAGGACGACGACGCGGACUACUACUGAAAGAGGGGACGAAGGAGGCGAUGAGUGGGAGGAGUAAUGGCGCAGAGCUUUUAUUUUUUGGUACUGGUUGCCCGAGGAGUGGCUGGAUGAUGAUACGGAUUACUACUGAAGGAGGGGAAGAAGGAGGCGAUGAGUGGAAAGAGUAGUGGCGCAGGACUUGCUUUUUAGUGCUGAUCACGUUGCUCUAACCAAGUAUUCCUUUUUUUUAAGUGCUGAUCACGUUGCUCUAACCCAGUAUUCCUUUUUUUUUAGUGCUGAUCACGUUGCUCUAACCCAGUAUUCUUUUUUUCUCUCUCUUUGUCCACAUCAAGGAAGGCAGCUCAAGGGCAAUGUGUAACCAUGAAAAGCCCGCAAAACACUGCCCCUUCAAACACUGCGACGGGAGAUGUUAAAAAAAAAAGAGUAUAAUGCACGUUCACGGAGAGUACAAUAUAAGGAAAGUGCGCACGUAUCACUGCUUUUUUUUCACAUUUGUUUCCUUUUUUUAUGCCCUUGAACUGACUCCUCUACUGUAAAAAAAAAAAAAAAAAGUAAAAUAUAUCACUGCGUCACUAUAAAAAAAAAUCCGCCCGUGCCACUACUAGACUAGGGCAGACUCUAAACGCCCUUCAAGACAUCUCACCGGCGUUACGACCUUGCACGUAAACCAUAACAAAUCAUAAUACCUAAUAACCUAACCCGGUGUAGUUUGUUAUCUAUUGUUCGAGAAAGACUUCCGAUGACAAGACUGAUAAGCUUAACUGUUACCCCCUCCCCCCCUCCCCCCUGUUCCUCUCUCAGUGUUCAGGUGUUUCUAAAAUUACCUGGUGGUGAAGAUUUGGAUGAAGGGGAGAACAGAAAUAGGGAGGGUCUCAUUGUGUCGUGUGUGUGUGUGUAUGUGUGUGUGUGUGUGUGUGUGUGUGUGUGUGUGUGUGUGUCGGUAACUAGGUGCAAUAAAAUAAAACUUUCCACUCAAUACCUUCUCCCUUUCUCCUUCUCUCCCUCUCCUCCCUCCUCUACUCCCGUGCCACAUCCCUCUCUCCCUCCCUUCCUUCCUCCCUCGCUCCCUCUCCCUCCUCUCCUACCAUGCCUCAUCCAGUUCUCCUUAAAUUCCUCCCUUCUCUUCUAUCGUGCCUCAUCCCUCAUCCCUCUCUCCCUCCCUUCCUUUCUCCCUCUCUCCCUCUCCCUCCUCUCCUACAAUGCCUCUUCCAGUUCUCCCUUCAUCCCUCCCUUCUCUUCUUUCGUGCCUCAUCCCUCAUCCCUCUCUCCCUCCCGUCCUCCACCUGUCUCACCUUCGUCCGGACGUGUAAAGGUGACAGACAGGUAUAGAAAGUCGCACCUGUGAGUAAUGAUGUUGUCUUAUUUAUUUAUUCACCCACGUCUUCGCCUGCCGCACCGUGCCAUUCACUUGUUCAACUUCAGAGGAUAAAUUUUAAUAUAUAUUUUUUCGUGAGUCUCCGCGUGUUUUUAUGUAUAUAGAUAUUCGUAGGUACACUAAUAGAUUAUUCUUAUAUUUUAUAGCUUUACAUACUUGUACAUACACCCCGAGCCAGUGUUUUUGUAUCUCUUCUUUAGUGACGUUAGAUUGUGUUAAGUGUGUUUGUAUGUGUGAUGAGAGUGUCUGCUGAAGUGUGUGACCCACCUCUUCCCUUCCUAGGUGUACCUCUUCCCUUGUCUCUUUGUCUUUAACUUCAGUAAGCCUGGUAUGAUAUAUAGUUUGUACCGUCAUUUCCUUCCAUGUUCUUCGCUCCCUUGUUCUUGAUGCAUAUUUUGUAAAGUGUGUGUGAAAAUACUGAAUAAUAGAUCCUACAAAUGUAUGGCCCAUCUCACUUAAUACUCUUUCAUUAUUUAUUCUUGGCCACAAAAAAAACUCAUUUCUAUUACUGAGUGUUAGACAGAACCUACAGAGGGAAUAGUACAUUUCAAUGAGCUUUAUUUCUUUGUCAUAUUUAACUGUUCUUCUUACCACCCCUGCGUUUAACCAAUUUCACUGAGUACUCUUUCUUUCUACCAACAAAACUCUUCGUUAUUAUUGUGUGUUAGACAGAACAAACUGAGUGAGUGGUCCAUUUCGCUGAAUUUUCCCUCUUUUUCAAACUUAAGUGUUCUUUUGUCUCUGCCCUUGUGUGUAACCUGAAUGGAAACUUGAUCAUGCGUAUCAAGUGGUCAUUUCCCUUACCAGUAGAGUGCCAAAGUUGCGUCUAUGUCCUUGUCUGUGUGUCGUCAUCAAUGGAUGUCGGAGACGUAAAGAGAGAGCGGGAAGGCAACACGUAUGCUGCCAAAAUUCUUACUUUUAUACAACAGGGAUGAAGCUGCGUCUGUGUCUAUAUCUGUGUCGUCGUUAGUGGAUGUCCAAAGUGUAAAGACAGAACGGGAAGGCAACGUGUUUGAUGCCAAAAUUCUUACUUUUAUAUAACAGGGUUGAAUGUAUGUGUUUGUUUGUACAGGGUAUAUAUGUAUUUUAAAUAAAAACUAAACACUUC